CUCAAGGGAAACAUUUAAAGUUUGUGUUUGAAAGCAGAGACCCACAACAGAGUUCAAUCAAAGGAAACCUAACUGGAGUCUUGACACGAAAAGACUGCAGCACAACCCUGAAUAACAUGCAACCUCAGCACAGCAGUGACUAUCGCUUUAGACUAAGUUGCAGUAACAGACUGAAAUAUAUUUUCACUGAUGGAACACGUAUUUCAGUCAAAGGUAAGAUUCAAAGUCCAUUCAUUUUCACUUAAAUCAUGCAGCAGCUCUGUCACCUUGUUUUGUAUAAACUCCUUUGAAACAGAAACAAAAUUAUAAACAAUAGAGAAGAAUGACUGCUCUACCUUCCCACCAGAUGACCCACCAAGUCCCACUCUGACUCCGUCCACUCUGGAGGUCAAAGAGGGAACUGUAGUGAGGUUGACGUGUUCUGCUCCAGCUCCCUGUCUGUCUCUUCCUCCAACUCUGACAUGGACCUCGGGCCUGGGUGAAGUUCAGGAGACGCUGCAGGAGAAUCUGGACAAAACUAAAGUCAAGAUGUCUGUUGUAAACUUCGAUGCAUCACACCUCCAUCACAGACAGAAAAUCUCCUGUACUGCUCUCUACAGAAAACAAGAUGGCAGCACUGAGUCAUCUGUAAACAGCAGUUUGACUGCUGAAAUUACAUGUGAGUAUGUCUGAGCUCAAAGGACAAGUGAAGUCUUCUGGCAUUCAAUUUGUGGGACUUGAAUGUGUGUAAUUAUUACCCCCACUCUCUCACAGCAAUGUUUGAGUGAGUGAUGUUUGUUUCUAUCCAUCUAUUGCGUAAAGUGAACCAAACCAUAAAUUUUUAUUAACAUUGUUUUUCUGCUGCUGCUGAUAUUCAGAUAAACCCAGUUUUCUAGAGGCUUUCAUCUUUUCUCUCUCUCUCUCCCUCUUUUGCUGAUUUUGAGUCAAACUGAGAGGAGUUUCUCUUUUCCCUCUUAUCGUUGGUUAGCUCGUACUUACAGGUAAAGACAUGGUUUACAGGUAUUCAACUUCAUGUCUGAUGAAUUACACGUUAAAUAUAAUUCAAACUCAUUUUAAUAUUUCAGAUCCACCAAAGAAGACUGUAGUGUUGGUCAGUCCCUCUGGUCCAGUUGAACAAAACAGCACUGUGACCCUGACAUGCAGUAGUGAUGCUAACCCACCUGUGAGGAAAUACACCUGGUACAGAGAUGACGGAGGACAGGAGGUUUUGAUUGGGACUGGACGUGUUAAGAGCAUUAAAGCUUUUAAAGCCAGUGGUCAAUUUUUCUGCAGAGCUGAAAAUGAGCUGGGAACUGGACAGUCCACCUACAAACACAUUGAUGUUCAAGGUACGUGUGGUAUUAGAAACGAGUCCCUAUGAAACUUUUUUAAAAUGCUAUAUCAGCUGUACUUCCUAUUACUGAACACAGGUUUUCAGGAGGUGUGAGGUUGUGAGUACGAAAGAGGAUUAGGGCCACAUGAAGAGAAACAACAUGUGCCAGAGUGCAUUGGGUUCUCAGCUUCGUAAAUGCCCCCGCCUCAGACGCUGGGCUCGUCUGUGCUCCACGCCUUCAGGAUCAAUCAACUUGAUCAGUUGACUUAUUGUAUCUUGUGAUACAACAUAAUCUCGCUGUAUAGCACCCAGGUGAAACCAUUGAUAACCCUGCAUCUGCAUCAUUAUCUUCAGCACAGUCUUUCCAGAAAACGAAUACUUAUAACCAUACUGUGUUUGUGUGCUAAAAGAGCAACAUUUCCUUGUUAAUAAAUCCAAUUUUAAAGUGAAGCUUUAUAAACCUAUUCGACAGAGGACAUGUUGUCGAGUGACGAGCGACAAUGCUGUUGAUUCAUUAUCAUUAAUCCCAAAAUUAUUACUUUAUUCAUAAAAUUUUGUCUUUAUUUGCAUCAACAUUAAUCUCUUAAUUUUGAUUUUGAUCUCAAAGUUCCGAUCUAAUUCAUGAAAUUUCGACUUUAUUCAUGUCGACUUUAAUCUCAAAGUUUUGACUUUGACAUAAUCUCAAGUUUUAAAUCUCGAAAUUUCGACUUUAAUUUCAUUCCUGUAAUUUUUUUUUUCUCUUCAUGUGGUCCUAAUCCUCUUUCUUAUGUGAGCCAUCAUGUUGGAAAACGUCUAAAAGUUUAUUUUGUCUGAUCGAUCCUCCUCACUGUAAAGAUCGUCAUGCUGACUUUAUUGUAUCAUAUUUGGUCAGUAUUUCAACAUUUUAUUCUAAUUAAAUGUCAGUUAAUGUUGCCCUCUCAGAGACAAAUACAGUUAAUAAACUUAUACCAUUAGAAGUUACUCGCUGUCAUCAGUCCCACAUAUCAGGAGCAUUUAUAAUCAAGAAAAUAAAUCAGUCCUCUCUCUCUGACAAUCUAUGGUAUCCAUUUAAAUCAUGACUUUCAAAAGCUCUCUAACAUUUUUGUUGAUGAAACGCUCAAUAGAGACUUUACUGAACCAUGCACUGCUGUCUCAACCCUCUAAUGCUGAUGCACUAUUACUCUGUAGCUGGGCCACGAUGGCAUGAAAUGACAGCAGAACAAUGACCGGCUCAUAUUUUGUUGUUUCUCAUUUAAAGGUCUUGAGCACCAGCGAAGCCCCUACAGUGGAGAUCUUGUCUUGGCUGUCUCUGGUGUGGCUCUCACUCUGAGCAUUCUCAACACCAUCUUCAUGGUGUUCCUCUGGUAUGUUAUUAUAUUUAUAAUUUUAAAAAAGCUGUGUUCGUUAAGAUUUAUCAUAUUUUGUAUUUAAACCUUUCAUUUUUCUUUGUUUUGCUGAAGGAAACACAGAAAGAACGUGAAGCCAAAAGAAGAGGACAAUACUUACACCACACUGGAUCACGUUAACAGAACGCCAGACUACGACGUCAUUGCCAAACGACAUUAGCAACGGUGGAACCAGACCUUCUCGCUCUCUCACUCCGCUUUUCCUGCAAAGACUUUAAAGAUCCUCUUUAACAUUUGAGUGUUCAUAAAUCAACAUUCUUCCUGCUGCUUCACAUAAAAUAUGAAUAACACAUUGUUCAUCACAGGAAUGACUUUCUCCAUGAAGCCUAUGAUGCUGUAUUCUGGCUUAUGCUUUAUCAGAAAAUUAUUGAUCCUGCUGUGUUGAUAAGGUUUAAAGUGGUGGAUGUUUUCUCUUUGACUGGAAUAAAAUUUGAUUAUCAAGGUUUGCAGUUUUUAUUUGGAUCAGAAAACAGGUUUUCACUGAAGUCACAUGUUGCUAAAAAAGCUGGUUGAGCAAAUUCAAAAAUGGUGUCAUCUUAGAGUUUGUGAAGCAGACAGAGUCCUAAGUGGACAGUUGACUCUCUGUCUACACAGUCCUUAUCACAUACAGCUAAGCAGAACAACAGAGUCAGAAGUUGUCAGCAUAAGAAGAAGAAAAAGGAGGAGGAGGAAGAGAAGGGCCAGCUGCCGUUUGGUCUUCACCAUCUUAGCCUUUAGGAGCCUCUUCUUGUUCGUCUCCUCGCUGCAGUGGGGUCAAAAAGUCUUUGUACAGUACAAGAGAGCAGCUGAGCCGACACUCAUAUCACAACAAACAUUUUGGUUGUAGAGACAAGAGACUCUUUAGCCACCACUGAUCGAUACUAUAUCUGUUCAUCAGAGGCAAUCUACACCUUUGAACUACUGCACUUUUUCACCUCUGGGUCACCAGCCUGAGAAAAUGCAGCAAGCCCCAAACCCAAGAGGCAACAGGAGGUCUUUUAGAUGACGGACAGCUGGUCCAGCUCAGCAAAUACGACAUGAGAGAGCUGGGAUCACUACUCCAAGAAGUGACCAGGAAGAGGCCAUCUCUGUGCUGAGUCAAAGAAAGCUCCACAAACUGUAGAAAAGGUUAUUUUCAUAUUUGCAGCCGAAAAAUCUGGAAAUGGUUAUCAGUGCAAUUUUCUUUAUUGAAACUGAUGCUAUUGCCAAUGUCAGACCUCCUUUAACUGUCUAGAUAAAAAAAUCAAAACCAGCUAAGUCUCAUGAUUAUUUUCAGGCAACUUGUUAGAAUUUUUUUCUGGCAUUUCUAAAAAUCAGAGCAGCCAGUUGAACAAGUUUUUGAUCAACUCCAUUAAGACAGUCACCCAAAAAAGAAUCAGCACUUUGGUUUUUCUGGUCCUCCUGAAAAGGUCAAUUUUUCCAUGAAUGUGAUUUGGCCCUCAGGAGCCCUCAUCAUUUUGAAGGCUGUGAUAGUUUGUGAGGAAAAAUGCUCGGAUGCAGCAGUUAACCUACCCUUGUCCUGAAAAGCGUUAUAUUGGGCAGAUUGUUAGCUGAAACUGCAGAUUCUUCUGUAUAAACAUUUAACAUCAGUUGCAUUCAGCUCACUGCCAGGAUUGCAUUAUAACAAACGUUUUUAUCUCUAUCUUCUCUAUGAAGGGCAAAUUUACCUGCAUUUAGAUGACUGCAGAUAUUUUCCUUCUCAGCUGCUCCUGAAGGGGACACUUUAUAAAAACUGAUGAAAACUGAUGUGACUCUGUAUGUAAAACAUUUCAAAUAAAGCAACUGUACACUGUGUGAAAUAAAAAAAACGACUUUGUGACUUCCUCAUUUGAAGUUAAAUGUUGCUGGUGUUUGAAAAGGCAGCUCAAAAUGUGAGAAACUUCACUUCUCUAAACAUCUCUCACCUCUGUUUGAAGGACCAGAAAAAAAGUAAGUCAAACUGAACUUUUGUAUGAAACAUGUCAAAUUUACAUGAUUGUUGCUGAACAGAAUUCUUAAAAACAUGUUAACUCACUAAAAUUCUCCUUAAAUGGGUGAACAUUGGACAAAGACAAAGAAACUCUUAAAUUUAAAGAGGAGAAAUCGUUUUCUGGACUGUCGGACUAUCUAACUCUGUAUUUCUGUUUUGCUUUUGAACAUUGAAACUGUUUUAAACAGCCACCUUUGACAAAUUACAGUUUUGUUUCAUAAAAGAAAAAUAAUCAUGAAUAGAUAUCACAUGUCUGUUACUUUUUACUUAUGUAGGCAGCAUAACUUCCCGUUUUUUCUCCCUUCGUCAUCUUACAACUUGUUUAACAACAAAGAUAUGUUGUAGCAAAAAGUGACCUUCAAAGAAUUUAUUAUAAUACAGGGGAAAAAAGUACAUAUUUUCCCUCUAUGGAAGACAGAUGAAUGUAAUCUAUCAACCUGCUGAGACAUGACUGUUUUUGUGGAUUCUUCUUUAUAUUUAGAUUUGAAAAAGGAAUUAUAGAUGUUCAAAAUACUGAUUAUUUACAUUUUUCUGAAGUUGUCACAUUCAAUGAUGGCCUCUAAAUGACCGUACUCUUUAAAUCUGAGUCUAUUUGGACAGGAUUCGUCCUAAACGUGAAAAUCUUGACAGGUGCAGUCUUCAGACUGUGUGGCGUUUCCAAACUGCCAGGAUGGCUGCAGCUCUGCCUCUCCUUCUCAUUGGCUGUCUGCUGCAAGGUGAGAUUUUCACCCACAUUUGGUACUUGAUCAGUAAAAUCUGGUAUUUAACUUGAUAUUUCUAUCUGGUCUUAUACAGAAGCAGGAAAAAGAAACAGUCUUGAGUUUUUGUUUGUAGGUUAUUGAUCAUUGAAAGUACUGUGCUCAGAUUUUGAGCAUUUCUUUAAACAAUAGUAUUGAAAUGACAUUAGAAAAGUAUGAAGCACUUGUUUCUAUUCAUAGAUGUGUUUUUUUCUGUUUCAGGUGCCAUUUGUCAAGAGUUUAAGGCCUUUCUCCCAAAGACUAUAGAGGUUUUAAAAGGAUCCUGUGUGACAAUCCCCUGCUCUUUUGACAUAGAGACACGAUUUAAAUCAAACUUGGAUAGCACAUGUAUCGCAAAAUGGAACCAAGGAAGCUAUGAUGGGCCUUUUGUGUUUCAUAGCAGUGACCCACAACAGAGUUCAAUCGGAGGAAAACUAACUGGAGUCUUGACACGAAAAGACUGCAGCACAACCCUGAAUAACAUGCAACCUCAGCACAGCAAUGAAUAUUUCUUUAGAGUGGAAUGUAAUAACGGUCUGAGAUAUAAUUUCAGAGAUGGAACACGUAUUUUAGUCAAAGGUAAGAUUCAAAGUCCAUUCAUUUUCACUUAAAUCAUGCAGCAGCUCUGUCACCUUGUUUUGUAUAAACUCCUUUGAAACAGAAAUAAAAUUAUAAACAAUAGAGAAGAAUGACUGCUCUACCUUCCCACCAGAACGCCCACCAAGACCCACUCUGACUCCGUCCACUCUGGAGGUCAAAGAGGGAACUGCAGUGAGGUUGACGUGUUCUGCUCCAGCUCCCUGUCUGUCUCUUCCUCCAACUCUGACAUGGACCCCAAGCCUGGGUGAAGUUCAGGAGACAGAGAGGGAGAAUCUGGACAAAACUAAAGUCAAGAUGUCUGUUGUAAACUUCUAUGCAUCACACCUCCAACACAGACAGAAAAUCUCCUGUACUGCUGUCUACAGAAAACAAGAUGGCAGCACUGAGUCAUCUGUAGACAGUUUAACCGCUGAAAUUACAUGUGAGUACAUUUUUCCUGUUUUAAGACUCAUGAACCGUGUGACCGAUUUCUCUUGCCUUUAAACACUAGAAGGAUAAUUUUUGUUAGAUGUAACACAUUUAAACUAACUGAGGACCAAGUUCUGCACUCUUGAGCAGUAGUAGUGUCACAAUUAGCUCUUUUGAUUCUAAUCCAAUUUUUGAGCAUUGAGUAUCCACUGAUACCAAGUCUUAAUCUGAUGCUUGUAUUUUCUUUGGAAAUAGAGCCGCACACCAUUUUUUGUCGUUUUCUACAAAAACUAAAGUAAAAAAAAGGCACUAAAAUUUUAUCUAACUCGGCUCUGCUUGGAAAAUUGGUCACAUUGCAUGAACUUCUUAAAUUGCCAAUCACUGAUCUAUAAAAGAUGCCAAGAUCAGGUUGGUUGGGAUCAGAAUUGAGACAUCUUUGGUGAAAUGCAAAUAAGUGGAGUUUCUCUGUUUCCCAUUGAAAAGGGCUCAUGAUCUAAAUUACAGUUAAAGGCACAUCAUAAGGUAAUUAAGGGUAAUUCACCCUACAUCUGAUAAACUAUACAUAACAAAAUAAAAUUAUUUUAAAUAAACAUUUCAGAUUCACCCCAAAGGACAACAGUGUCAGUCAGUCCCUCUGGUCCAGUUAAAGAACACACCACUGUCACACUGACAUGCACUUCUAAUGCCAACCCAACUGUAAAAGACUACACCUGGUACAGGGCUGACAGAGGCCAGGGGGCUUCUAUUGGGACUGGUCAAACUCUUAACAUAAAUGCUUCUCCUGACACUGAUCCAAUUUUCUGCAAGGCUGAGAAUAAACUGGGAACUGGACAAUCACGCAACACACAAAUAGAUGUUCAGUGUAGGUAUCAUUUGAAACCAUUGUAAUUAUGCAGGUGGGUCAAGCAUGAUGUUGUCAAGUCAAGUUCUUUUAACACACAUGAAAAGACUAGUGAUUAGGUGAAUGUUAAUAAUAACCAUCCUUAAGUUUUACAGAUUCUUAAAGCCACUGCACCAAGGAUUUUGCCAAGCAAAGUGCUGCUUACAAACGUAUUCUUAUAAGGCUGCAUGAAGAAGGUUCUGGUGAUCGCUGCACUGGCAGUUAUCAGGGCACAUCUGAAAUUAAGCCCAGGUCAUUAAAGCACCAUCCUCUGGGUAUCACACAAUCAAACAACAGUGGUUGCACUGGUUAAUAUGAUGAGGACCACUUUGGAAAUGAAAAUAUUGAGUUGUCUGAUAAACUCCUUACAUAUAAUAUAAAUUAUUUUACAUAUAUUUCAGAUUCGCCCAAAGGGACCACGGUGUCAGUCAGUCCCUCUGGUCCAGUUAAAGAACACACCACUGUCACACUGACAUGCACUUCUAAUGCCAACCCAGCUGUAAAAGACUACACCUGGUACAGGGCUGAUGGAGGCCAGGGGGCUUCUAUUGGGACUGGUCAAACUCUGAACAUAAAUGCUUCUCCUGACACUGAUCCAAUUUUCUGCAAGGCUGAGAAUGAAGUGGGAGUUGGACGAUCAAGCAACACACAAAUAGAUGUUCAGUGUAGGUAUCAUUUGAAACCAUUGUAAUUAUGCAGGUGGGUCAAGCUCAACUAUGACAUUCCUGGGAAGACUCGUGCACAAAAAAGGGAAGUGGAAGUCUAAAACCAGGGAGUCAGAAAAACACAACCAAACAUCAACUAGCACCACAUGUUGGGAUGAGCUGUGACCGUCUGUGAUGAACUACUGAUAACGUUGUGUGGAUCAUUUUUUGUAGAUUCACCCAAAGAGACCACAGUGGUGGUCAGUCCCUCUGGCCCAGUAAAAGAAGGCAGCAAUGUGACUCUGGCAUGCAGCAGUAGAGCCAGCCCAGCUGUUCAGAACUACAACUGGUACAGAGUCGACGGCAGCCAGGAGAUCACUAUCGGGACUGGACAGGUCAUCGAUUUCACAGCUUCUAGAGAGAGUGUCUCUCUUUUCUGCACAGCUCAAAAUGACCUUGGAGCCGGGCGAUCCAAUGUCAGUCAUGUAGAUGUUCAGUGUAGGUACCAUUCCUCCAUUACUGAUUACAUUUUUCAAGGAGCUCUUAAUUUUAUAAGCUUAUUCUAUAACAUUAAUUUAGCUUUUUAUUAUGAAAGGUACACUGUUUGUUAGAUGUUUACUGUUAACACCAGAAGUUCAAUUUUCAAUCGAAUGGGAGGUGUUUUGAAUAGUUCCCAUGCCACCCAAUUCUGUCCUUUAUUGACUUACUAAGGUUACUACUAUCAAGUUUAAAGUUAAGUGUCUGAUUUUUGAGGCCUCCCCGACCUAUCUCAGUCAAACCACUGACUCUUGGACAAUUAUUCUGACCUGCUCUCAGGCCGUGCUAUGAGGCCGAGGGUUUUCUUUAUGGCCUACUCUUUUAGUCAAUGAAUGAAAAAUUCAGCAAUGCCACAAAUAAAUCCAGAAACUCUGAAUUUAAAUGGAGAAAAACUACAGAUUUAUCAUUGGGCCAGACGAAAAAAAGGUUUAUGAGUAAAACAGCAUUUUCUUUAACUCAUUCACUAAGAAAAUUUCACAGUUUUUCUUUUACGGCAGCGCACUUAAUCUGUCAUCAGAAAAAGCGGUAAAGCAUGUCCUAAAUGUACUCUUCCUUUCUCUGUUUUCCGCGUUCAUUACAGUUGCUCCUCAGAUCCUGCCCUCAUCUGAUUGCAACAAAACUGUGGACCAGGUCAAAUGUUCUUGUAAGACUUCAGGGAACCCUCCCCCCACUUUACACUGGUAUUUGGAUGAGUUACCUGUCAAUACUUCAGGCCAGUCUGAAAUCAGAUAUGUGCCUGAAAAUGGCACAAAUGUGAGCCUCAUCACAGUGAGUCAGGCACAGUGGAGGGAUCAUACUUUACUUUGUCGCAGCUCCAACUCGCUGGGGUCUGCAACUCUACAGUUUUAUUUCCUCCAUGUACCAAAAACUACAACAGAAAGUCAAGGUUAGUCUCAGAGCUGAACUCAAAUGUAUAACAUAAUGACUCAACACUAAACUCUUGUACCACCUGAUCUUACUGUCCUUAUCUUUUCUAUGUUUCAGACCUCGUCGUGGUACUUAUCCUUGUCGCCACAGUUGUUGCACUAAUAGUGCUAGUAUGUGCCCUACUCUUUGUCAUCAGGUAAGUUCACAAAGCCAACUAACAUGGGUUAUUUUUUGAUAGAUUUUCUUGUUUUGUUUUCAUACAAAUUUAAGGUCCUUACACACUGGGAGCGUUUUUGUCGUGCGAUUAUUUCGGACAUCAAUAUUUUUUUUUAACCUGUAUCCUGUCAAUACAAGCGUUCACAUCAGCGACGUUUUCUCUUCCUGUGAUACUGCGUCAUUUAUUUUUUCGGAUCGCGGUUGAUUUUUCUAAAGUUUUGCUUACUGUGUGUCCACUUCUAAACAAUCAGAUAGCAUGUUGUUGCGACGUCAGAUUCACUGGUAUAUCCAACAUGGCCGACCGACUGAUUGUUUGUGUCUGAGAACAGAGUACUUUUUGAUAAAAGACACAAACAUUACAAAGAUAACAAUCUGAAGGACAACUUGUGGAGAGUCGUAAUGUCGGAUCUCUUAUAUGACGAUGGUUUGUGUGCUUUAACAGUUUGCUAAACGCCUUUGUUUUAACUUUAAUCUUUGCUAACGUAAGCCAACUGUUGUUACCAUAGUUUCAUGUGCUUAUCUUAUCACCUCUGAUUGGCUAUAAGUGUUGACCGUUCGAGCUUGAGCGCGUGAUGACGUUUCCAGCUUUUCUAGCCAAUCAGAGGUGAAGGAGGUGGGACUUUUCCUGGGAAAAGUCUUACCUGGGAUGCGCCCCCCCCUAUAGACUAUAAAAAAAGGCAAUGCACCUUUAAGAAGGUCAUGGGGGCACAUCAUCUAUCUACAAGCUGAACUGGAAUGCAAUGAAAGUUGACCAUACCUCCAAGAGCCAUGUGUUUGUCAUCAUAGACAAUGGUAGAUGGGUUCAGAGACUGCAUGUCAGUGGAUCCACCUUUGAAAUCAGUUUGUUGAAAAGAUCACAGACUGAAUACCAAUGAAAUCUCUAUUUAAUUUGAGCAACUCCUGUUUUUCACCUUUGUCGUUUACCGUUCCCCUCUGGGUGAUUGAUGACUGAGCAGUGGAAAAACAAAAAUGUUUCAAGAUGCAUACUGGUUCAAUACUGUGCUGCGUUUUUCAGAGCUCAGAAGUCUCAUCAAAACCUGCUGAAGAGUCAGUGUCCAAGUAACACCAGCACAGUAGCUAUGAACCAGCUUCAACCAAGUGGUGAAGAAAAUGAGGUAUUUAGCCCUUGAGUGGUGUAGUUGAGAUUUGCUUGGAGAACAGAUUUUCCUUACCAUCAGUGUUUUCUCUCGAUUGUAGGUACCCACGACAAAAGAUGAGGACAUUUAUGCCAACACCACUGAGCUGGAGAAGGAUGAUGUUGCUCAACCUGCCACGACUUCUGAGCCAAACAGCACUAGCUUGCCAAGCUCUGACCAAAACAACACCAGUGGUGCAGGCAACAGCUCAGAAGAGACGACCGUGGAAAGUAAGGAUGCCAUUUACUCUAACGUGACUUGGAAGAGGAAGAGCAAGAUAAGGAAAGAGGGAGAUGGCACAAACCUGCUGGACAGCUCCUAUCCUCAAGAGGAGAUGAGCGUGGAGAGAGGGUUGACAGGAGAUUUUGUGAACAAUGCAGUGGAGAUGGGGAAUCUGUAUGGUCAGGUGAAGCCUAGAAAUGUAAGGAAGGAAUCAGAAUGCGAGUAUGCCCAGGUUAAAUUCAGACACAGUGCUGUGCAGAAAUAGAUCACAGUUCUAUUAUAGGGACUAGCCCUGUAAACAGCUCUUAGGAAUACCAUGCUCUCUUAUACAGGGGUUUGAAAUUCUAAAUCUAAGAUGUGGGUGGAAAAGUUAAUUUGAAUGCUUAAACCUAACUGCAAGGAGAAUUAGAUUGGUAAUGUACUGUUAUAAUGUUACCCUGGAGAGAUGCCAAGCAAAGAAGACUCGAGAUGGGUCAAUUCAUUGGAUAAUCAAUAAAUCCAGCUGAUUAAUGACAUUUUGAUAUUCAGCAUCACCAUCUCUAACUGAUAACACAUUUUCCACCCAAAAUGAACAUAUAUGAAAUACAAACAUUACUGGCUUGUGUUUGAUACAAAUUGAUGUGCUGUACAGAAUAUGCCUAUUGUACUGUAUGUUCUAUUGAUGUUACCAUGGUCAUUAGUGUUAGGAUUUUUGUAAUAUUUUACUGUAUUUUAAGGUUAUAUUUACAAAGGAGUAGGGAGUCCUAAUGAGACCUUCCUAAGUUCAUUUCAAUAAUAACAGAGAUAUUUGAUAUUUUCCACUUUUUAUACAUGACAAUAGCAAAAAACCUUUAAUGAGGAGCCUCAGUUGCUCAAUUGGUGAUUUCAUUCCGAUAUGCCGAAGUUCUUAGCUUGACAAUCAAUGUUUGGCUCCAGCAUGUUAUGUUAGCUGCGAGUCACAUCUGUUUUUACAAAGAGUCCAAUUAAUGUACAGUCGGUAAAUACAGCCAUACUUCUGCAUUGCAAAAAAAAAAAUAUGUACAUAUUUAUAAUCAUAUAUAAGGGAUGCUGUAUUUUUACAUUUGUUGUUUUCCUGAUAAUAUUGUUUAGGUUUUGUAGAUUACUUUACUAAAGUGUACUUUCUGUAUUCAACUUGUCAAGAGCCAAGACAAUCUGUCAAGUUUGUGUGAAUAAAUAACCAUGUGUUCAGUAUUCUUUUUAUGACAA